AUGGUGAGGCUGGGCAAGCGUAGGAGCCGCCAACCUCGCAGUCCGAAAGGCGACUCGGGUCCUGACUCCACCGUAGCUUUGCCCCUCCGAGCCAUAGGGCCCCCAGCCGAGCCAAAUGGCUUGGUCCCUUUGCAGUAUUGGCCUUUUUCCUCAGCAGAUCUUUAUAAUUGGAAAUCUAACCAUCCUUCUUUUUCUGAAAAUCCAGCAGGACUCACGGGACUUCUUGAGUCCCUUAUGUUCUCUCACCAGCCCACUUGGGACGAUUGCCAACAGCUACUCCAGAUCCUCUUCACCACUGAAGAGCGAGAAAGGAUUCUUCUGGAGGCCCGCAAGAACGUUCUCGGGGACAACGGGGCCCCUACACAACUCGAGAACCUCAUUAAUGAGGCUUUCCCCCUCAAUCGACCUCAGUGGGAUUACAACACAGCUGCAGGUAGGGAGCGUCUCCUGGUCUACCGCCGGACUCUAGUGGCAGGUCUCAAAGGGGCAGCCCGGCGCCCCACCAAUUUGGCCAAGGUAAGAGAGGUCUUGCAGGGACCGGCAGAACCCCCUUCGGUUUUCUUAGAACGCCUAAUGGAGGCCUAUAGAAGGUACACUCCGUUUGAACCCUCUUCUGAGGGGCAGCAGGCUGCGGUUGCAAUGGCCUUCAUCGGACAGGCAGCCCCAGAUAUCAAGAAAAAGUUGCAGAGGCUAGAGGGGCUCCAAGAUUAUUCCUUACAAGAUUUAGUGAGAGAGGCAGAAAAGGUGUACCACAAGAGAGAGACAGAAGAGAGAGAAAGACGGCGCGAUAGGCGCCAAGAAAAAAACUUGACUAGGAUUUUGGCCGCAGUGGUAGGUGAAAGAGGGUCUAGAGAUAGGCAGACAGGGACCCUGAGCAACCGGGCAAGACCGACACCUAGGGACAAAAGGCCUCCUCUCGACAGGGACCAGUGCGCCUACUGCAAAGAGAAAGGCCACUGGGCAAGGGAAUGCCCCCGAAAAAAGAAAAACGACAAAAAAGCUAGGGUUCUAUCCCUAGACGACUAGGGGAGUCAAGGUUCGGACCCCCUCCCCGAACCUAGGGUAAC